CAAUUUGGGAGAGAGAGAGAGAGGCACGAGUAAGACUCACCCUAAAACCCCAAUUUCUUGGAAGGAAUUCAAAAGGCAUGGGAUCGGAUUGUUUAACACCAGAAUGGGCUUCGCAGCCAUGUCUCAUGGGCAUUGACGAAGCCGGAAGGGGUCCUGUUCUAGGACCAAUGGUUUAUGGAUGUAUGUAUUGCCCCAUUUCAUAUCAGUCUUCUCUCGCUUCUCUCCAUUUUGCAGAUUCAAAGACUCUAAAAGAGGAGAAAAGAGAAGAAUUAUAUGAAAACUUAAAGCUUGACAAGUCUCUUGGAUGGGCUGUUGAUGUCAUUGAUCCCAGGGAACUCUCAGCCAAGAUGCUCGCAAAAAAUAAGACUAAUUUAAAUGAGAUUUCACAUAACUCUGCAAUGGGGCUUAUCAAAAGGGUACUGGACAUGGGAGUUUUUCUAACAGAGGCUUAUCUUGAUACUGUGGGAGAUCCCGAGAAGUACAGAAUAAAACUGUCGGAGAGGUUUCCUUCAAUCAAGUUUGUCGUUUCAAAGAAAGCUGACAGUCUAUUUCCUGUUGUUAGUGGGGCAAGUAUUGUGGCUAAGGUUACUAGAGACAGAGCAUUAAGAGAAUGGUUGGUAGAGGAAACUGGAGAAAAUAUAAACAGAAAGUUUGGUUCUGGAUAUCCUGGAGAUCCUGAGACAAAGGCAUGGUUAGUGCAACAUAAACAUUCUCUGUUUGGCUUCCCAUCGCUGGUCCGCUUCAGUUGGGGAACUUGCACUGCACAUUUAAAGGGCGAGGUUGAAGUUGCAUGGGAAGCGGAUGAAAAUGAAGAGAGUGGUAAUGGAAGUAGCAGCAAACGACAAGCUAAACUAAGCAGUUUUGGGUUUAAAACAUGCGAGAGUAGGAGCGAAGAAAUCGAAUCGAGUGGAAAAGGGCGCUGCAAAUUUUUCCAAGCUCGCAAACUUCAACAACUCACUCAGUUUUAGUCUCAGUACAAGACUGAAUCCAGCUUUUAGGUGAUGUCUUAGCUUAUUGUUCAUCUCUAGUGCGUCUUAGUUUCAUACACUUUGUGAUUGUUGUCUCGUUACUUCUCUGUCUAUUUUGUGAACCUAUGUACUUGUGUGUAGGGGUGUUGUCAAUGCCAAUUUUUUUAGCUACU